CGCGCGCGGGGCAGCACGGACGCGAGUCGGGCUGAGGGUGACGGGAGGUCGCCGAGCCUCCCGCGCCGCCGCCCCUUGCCUGACGCACAGAGGGGCCGGGACGCGAUUUGCCGCGAGUGACUGGAGCCGCUGCCGCCGCCACCGCCUCCCGGGCCCGCUCCGCCCUCAGUCCGCCUUCCUCCCGCCUCGCCCUCCGCCUCCGCUCGAGCCUUGCUCGCGUCCCCGCGUCCUCCCCACCGCCCCGGAACGUCGGACAGCCAGCGCCAGCGCCAGCCAGAAAGGAAAAUUUACUGGAGGAAGUUUACUGGAGUAAAAUGGAGGCCUCAGUAAUAUUACCCAUUCUGAAGAAAAAACUAGCCUUCCUUUCAGGAGGAAAGGACAGACGAAGCGGCCUCAUUCUGACAAUUCCAUUAUGCCUGGAACAGACAAAUAUGGACGAGCUGAGUGUCACCUUAGACUACCUACUCAGCAUUCCAAGUGAAAAGUGUAAGGCUAGAGGAUUUACCGUGAUUGUGGAUGGCAGAAAAUCCCAGUGGAAUGUGGUGAAAACAGUAGUCUUAAUGCUACAGAAUGUUGUUCCAGCUGAAGUGUCCCUUGUUUGUGUAGUGAAGCCAGAUGAAUUCUGGGAUAAGAAAGUAACACAUUUUUGUUUUUGGAAGGAAAAGGAUAGACUUGGCUUUGAGGUUAUUUUAGUGUCUGCCAAUAAAUUGACUCGUUAUAUAGAACCAUGCCAGUUAACAGAAGAUUUUGGUGGGAGUCUCACCUAUGAUCAUAUGGACUGGUUAAAUAAGAGGCUGGUUUUUGAGAAGUUUACAAAGGAAUCUACAUCAUUAUUAGAUGAACUUGCUUUGAUUAACAAUGGAAGUGAUAAAGGAAAUCAGCAAGAGAAAGAAAGGUCUGUGGAUUUAAACUUUCUUCCAUCAGUUGAUCCUGAAACUGUUCUUCAGACAGGACAUGAAUUGUUAUCCGAAUUACAGCAGCGUCGAUUUAAUGGCUCAGAUGGAGGGGUCUCGUGGUCUCCUAUGGAUGAUGAACUGCUAGCUCAGCCACAGGUUAUGAAAUUAUUAGAUUCACUGCGAGAGCAAUAUACCCGCUACCAGGAAGUUUGUAGGCAACGUAGUAAGCGUACACAGUUAGAAGAGAUUCAACAGAAGGUGAUGCAGGUUGUGAACUGGCUUGAAGGGCCUGGAUCAGAACAGCUGAGAGCCCAGUGGGGGAUUGGAGACUCCAUUCGGGCUUCCCAAGCCCUACAGCAGAAGCACGAAGAGAUCGAGAGCCAGCACAGUGAAUGGUUUGCAGUUUAUGUGGAACUUAAUCAGCAAAUUGCAGCACUCUUAAAUGCUGGGGAUGAGGAAGAUCUUGUGGAACUGAAGUCGCUGCAGCAACAACUUAGUGAUGUUUGUUACCGACAGGCCAGUCAGCUGGAAUUUAGGCAGAAUCUCUUACAAGCAGCUCUUGAAUUUCAUGGUGUUGCCCAAGAUUUGUCUCAGCAGUUGGAUGGCUUAUUAGGGAUGUUGUGCGUAGAUGUAGCACCAGCUGAUGGAGCAUCGAUUCAGCAAACUUUAAAACUGCUUGAAGAGAAGCUGAAAAGUGUUGAUGUAGGAUUGCAAGGUUUGCGUGAAAAAGGUCAAGGUCUUCUGGAUCAGAUCUCCAAUCAGGCAUCCUGGGCCUAUGGAAAGGAUGUAACCAUUGAAAAUAAAGAAAAUGUGGACCACAUACAAGGAGUGAUGGAAGAUAUGCAGCUUAGGAAACAAAGAUGUGAAGACAUGGUAGAUGUGCGAAGAUUAAAGAUGCUUCAGAUGGUGCAGUUGUUUAAAUGUGAAGAAGAUGCUGCCCAGGCAGUAGAAUGGCUAAGUGAACUUCUGGAUGCUCUUCUUAAGACCCACAUCAGACUGGGUGAUGAUGCUCAGGAAACGAAAGUUCUACUGGAGAAGCAUAGAAAAUUUGUUGAUGUUGCCCAGAGCACUUAUGACUAUGGAAGACAGUUGCUACAGGCCACAGUUGUGCUGUGCCAGUCUUUGCGCUGCACCUCUCGAUCAUCUGGGGAUACACUUCCUCGACUGAACAGAGUAUGGAAACAAUUUACGAUAGCAUCUGAAGAGAGGGUACAUAGGCUGGAAAUGGCUAUUGCGUUUCACUCAAAUGCUGAAAAGAUUUUGCAAGACUGUCCGGAAGAGCCUGAAGCUAUUAAUGAUGAGGAGCAAUUUGAUGAAAUUGAAGCAGUUGGGAAAUCGCUUUUAGAUAGACUAACUGUUCCUGUGGUUUAUCCUGAUGGGAUGAUAGGCCAGCCAGAUGGAGGACAAAUGAGGAGUAUCAUCUACUUUGAGGUUGACAGGACACGACACAGUUCCAUCAAUAAAUAAGAAAGUAAGUAAAAAUCAUACUUAGGAUCUUAGUGAGUCAGCACCAACCUAUAGAAACAAGAGCAUGAAUCUGACCACCGUUAGUGCUGUUAUGGUUAGAGAAGAAUAAUCCUGGUAAACUUGGGUAGUGAUAAUAACAGAAAAAGACUGGUCCUGUAAUAGAGGCUGAUAGAACUAAGGGUGCUCCAUGAAAUAGCAUAAAUAAGGGGGAAUGUUUUAAGACUGAAAAGCGUCCUAGAUAUGCUGAAUAACACGACCGUAAUAUUUUAAAGCAGACUUGAAAACAUGUCAAAACUAGUCCGUGUGCUUCAAGAAAAAGCAGAGCCUGUACUAGAACAUGAAGAACUUAAGAGAUCACAGGAAAGCCAGAACCAUGACUACGUAGUGUGAAAGCAGUAAGUAAAAUUUUAAAAGAAUCAAGAUUAUUUUUGUUAGAAAACUCUUAGGAGGCAAUACACAUAAUACCCACAUAUCAUGAUACAGGAAUUCUUAGCAAAUAACUAAAAAUAGUUACCAGCUUUAGGUAUUAUGAGCAGCGUUGUUAUGGAUCCAAGGCAUGUAGAAAACUGUUUCUGUCAAAAGGCUAAAUUCUGAAGCCAUUCUUGGUGACUCUCAAGGUGCCACUUCAGAAGUAUUUACAAGUCAAAUGCCAUCUCUUUAGGGUGUCCCCAAAUGUGUUGCUCCCUGAAGAGACAGGAGGACGGUUCAGAUGUCCUUCCAUUCAGAAAAAGAGACCUGUUCACCAUGAUCAAGCCUCACAUCAUGUUUCGGUUCUACACAUCUCUUCUAUUAUUGUUACCCUGGUUGUUUUAGAAGUCAGUAAAAAUGUCUAUGCUUGGUUUUUCCCUUAAUGUUUUUUCAUCUUAACUCUUAUGUUAGUCUACACAGCCAACAAACUUGCUCAGAAUAUACUAUCAGUGUAUGUAUUAUUUUUAUUAAGGUAUGAGGAGAUCGAAGUAUCACUUUGACAAUUUUCAGUCAGCAUAGAUUUGAAAACUGAUUGCUCACCUCACACUCAGGAAUAUCCUUUCACAAACUCUUAAGUUUCUAAGUUGACACUGUUUGGAUGAAUUUGAUGGUUAUGUUGCUAUGAGAUCAAUGAUGAAAUUCUCAGCGACAUUAUUUGGCAAGCAUUGCACCCUGGAUUUUUUCCCCCCAACAUUUUAUUGUAAAAUUUUUCAAAUAUAAAAAAGUUAAAAUUUUACAGUGUACUCACCACCCAGAUGCUAGUUAGCAUUAUGCUUUAUCACAUACCUAUCCAUGUAUCAGUUCAUCAAUCCAGAUUAUUUUUGAUGCAUUUUAAAUUUCAGAAAUCUACACACUUCCUACUAAAUACUUUAGCAUACAUAUCAUUAACUAGAAUUCAAUGUUUGCUUACAUUUUUACUUUUAUGUAAAAUUAGCAUACAGUGAAAUGCAUAAAUCUUAAGUGUGUAUCUGCUGGGUUUCGGCAAAUGGAUACAGUGCUAUCAAGAUAUAAAAUGUUACCAGAAAAUUCCCAUAUGGCCAUUCCAGUCAGUCCUUGUUCCCCCCGCCCCCUGUCCCCACAAGCAUCCUCUUCUUUAUUCUACUGUAUAUCAGAUUUGUGCAUUCUAGAUCUUUGUAUAAGUAGAGUCACACAGCAUGUACUCUUAGAAGGCUUCUUCAUUUACUAUGUUUUGGAGAUUUAUCCAUGUGGUUGGGUGUUUCAGUAGUUCGUUCCUUUUUUAUUGCUGAGAAGUAUUCCAUUCUAUGACUAUAUUACAGUUUAUUUAUUCACUUUCCUAUUUAUAAAUACUUGGGCAGUUUCCAGUAUUGGCAAUUAUGAAUGAAGCUGCUACGAUUAUUCUUAACGUAAGUCUUACGUGAACGUAAUCUUUCAUUUCUCUUGAGUGAAUACCUAGGAUUAGAAUUUCUGUGUCACAGGGUAGUUUUAAAAGAAACUGCCAUACCUUUUUUCAUUGUGGUUGUGCUGUGUCCUGGAUUUUCACCAUAUUUUGAAUGUGUAGAAAGGUGUAAACUAUUUUUAUGACCCACAUUUGAAGUAUUAGAAGUGGGUUUGGGGUAAAAAUGGCAUUCUUCACGGUUGGCAGUUGGUGCUGAGGGAAGCAAAUGCCUGUCUGCCCGAAACAGCUCCCCAAAUGGUUCCUAUCCCUGGAAUUUUAGAAUUAAUUUAACUCCUUGAAAGAUUAAAGUACUUACCCAAGCAUGGUGAUAUAUUAACUAGAAGAAACAGCAUUAGUUUAUGUUACUAACUUUUGCCACCCGUUUUCAGUAGGUAAAAUAAGACUGAUAACUGAACAGAAAAGAUUCUGUUCAAUGGCGGUAGUAAAGAACAUGUACUACUAGUCAUUCCCGGGUACAGCAAUGUGAGAGUGAACCAUCUGGACAGGAAAAUCCCCCAAAUGGUGGUCAAGAAACCAGAAAACGUAGUGGGGAGAAUUCUACCUCACAGUUGUGCACAGGGGAUAGCUAUGUUUUUGCAGGACAUUUUAGCCUUUACAAAUCAUAUUUUCAAUAUUGUCUUUUUAUUCUGUACCACCCAGCUAUAGUUAUUUCACACCCCAGUGACUUUUAUCCCGUUUGUCUUACCCUUUCUGCCUGUUCUGUUACAUAUAGUGGUUACCUGUAUAAGGCUAUAAAAUUAUAAUCAUAUGUAUGUUUCCAAUGCUUGUGUUCAAAGAUAUUUAUGUAUGAUUCAUACAGUCUUUCCUAUUUGAUUUUUAAGGGCUGGGAUAUUUGGCUUCUACUGUAAAUCCUUAUAAUGUUCCACACAUAUUGUAAAUGUAAUGAAAAUGUUAAAAACUAUAAUUCAUGGCAACAGAUUUUGAUAUGUAUUUCUUUGUAUGUUAUCACUUUGGACAAUAAAUUUGGUUUCUGUUAAUAAAGAUUGUUCAUCC